AUGAAAAUCAAACAUCAGUUUACAUUGGUGGAACAUCCACAAGCAAAUGGACAAGACAAGGUAGCAAAUAAGGUCAUACUGGCAGGGUUGAAAAAAAGGUUGCAAGACGCAAAGGGAGCCUGGGCUGAAGAGCUCCCACAAGUACUUUGGGCUUAUCGGACCAUACCUCAGUCUGCCACAGGAGAAACACCCUUUCGACUUGCUUAUGGCAUAGAAGCCAUGAUACCAGUUGAAAUCAACGAGCAAAGCCCAAGGGUGAGCUUCUACGACGAGGUUGGGAACAUACACGGACACAAAGAAGAACUUGAGCUACUCCUAGAAGUCCGAGAAUGA